GAAGGAGUUGUUCACGUUAUGUAUAUAUAAAACCAACAUUGGCAUGUGGCCAAGCAAGGUGUUACAACUUAUGAUAAGGAAAGUGAAACCCCGUUAUUGUGUUCGUCGCCCUAUGAUUGCUCCCAUCGCCGCCGCUCCAACCGCCGCAAGGAAAAUUCCAAGAGGGAUAGGGUCUUGUUAGCGCUGCUUAGACAAUUCAUCUCCUUCAUUCCCAUCCCUUUUGUUCCCCAUCAAAAUCCAGUCCUCCACUGAACACAAGAACCAGAAGCAUUACCAAUUUGGUGAGUUGUGAUGAGGAAACUAAGAUGGGUAAUGGAUGGAGGAGGGUUUUGGAAUUUAGACAUUUCAACUCCAAAAACACUUGAUGGUUUUGCUUCACCUGUUCCUGAAGACCCUCUCACUUUAGGUGGUUUAUCAAGAGGUACAAGACUUUCCAGACCAAGACAACUUCAAUUUAUGCAACUUUUCAUGAAUGCCCCUCUUGUUCCUACUUUUUCAAAACCUCAAGGUUUCAAUCUUCAACGUGUUUUAUCACUACCCUUUUCUGAGAAUUGGCUUGUAUUUUUACUGGGUCAGUUCAAUUUGCAGAAGUUUGUUUCCUCUGUUAAGAGCAGUGAGGAAAAGCCAGAGCGGUUUUCCUCUUGGCUAAAAUCAGUUGGGAGAAACCUACGGGAUAGAUCUUUGUAUGCCUUGGGAUUAUGUUCAGAGUUGCAGUUAACACCGGAUGAUACUUUACUUUUUGGCUUAGAUUCAUAUGACUAUGCCGAUAAACCUCGUGGGAAAGCUGUCUUUCGUCAUAAGUUUCCACAUCAUGAUCUAACGGCGGAGGCAGUUUAUCCCGGUCUUUUUGUUGAUAAGAUUGGUAAUUACUGGGAUGUACCCUUUUCAAUGGCUAUUGGUCUUGCUUCUGUGACUACCAGUGACUCUUCUGUUGGUUAUCAUUUGUCCGCGCACUACAAUUCUGGGUCACCCAAGCAGUCUGAAAGUAUUCAAAAUCAAGAUGAUAGUGUACCAUCUCUUCAAAAAAGAGACGAUAAUGUACCAUGGACUCUACUUCCGGGUUUGGCUUUCAAAAGUGUCUUUUCUUAUAGGAAAAGCCUCGAUAUUUGGAGAAGCGAAACUCCUAAAUUGAAAUUGGUACAACCAUAUGACAUCUUUCUUUCAAACCCUCACGUGUCUGCCUCAGGGAUGAUUGGUGCUGCUGCAUCCGCAUAUGUUGGGGAGAAUUCGACAAAAGCACAAAUAGACGACGAUGGACAACAUUCUGCAGGAUUGUUUCUUCAGUCAUCUAGAUUAAAGUCUUCUUUUCUAGCAGAUAUAUUUGGAUCCGUUUCAUUUACAGCCCAACAUGGAAACUUCCAAAGGCUUUUUCUAGAUCUUUCACGGUUUCAGGCACGGUUAGAAUUUCCUUCUGGCUCCAAAUUCCUUUCGGGUGCAACAAGUCUUGCUCAAGAUCUUCUCAAUUCUCAAAAGCCCAAUAUGGAAGCUGUUCAGGCGGUUUGCCCCAAUGCUACCUUAUCUUAUCAGCAGCAGAUUGUUGGUCCUGUCAGUUUCAGAGUAGAUUCAGGAAUUGCAGUUGAUCUGAAGAACCCUAAGUUUCCUAUACAAGUACAACUGCAAGAACCUGUCCUUGCUCUUGAGUAUGCAUUGCAUGUACUUGGUUCAGCAAAAGCGGUUGCUUGGUGUUGCCCUAAGCGCCAAGAGUUUAUGGUAGAACUUCGUUUCUUUGAGACAUAAGCCGAACCAGGAUCCUCUACUGUCGGCUUUAUGGUGCAGCAGGCUGUAGUGGAUCCAAUGAGACAUAAUUCAUAGUCAAUAAGCAUUGUAGAAAUCACUUACUUUCCUUAUAAAUUGAAAAACACAUUUGUCAUGAAAGCAAAAGUUGGUAAAUGUUCCAUUGAUUAUCAUGCUUUUCCAUUUCUUUGCAAAUGAUUAUUUCUCUUGUAUUUCUAUCUGUUGUUAUUGUAGUUCCUAAUUUCAUUAAUUACAAGGAUGACUAAUGUAAUAAAUUUUUGUUUCAUAAAAAAAUGUAAUCAAAUUUUGUA